CGGCCCGACCGGCAUUGCUGAGCAGCCGCGCCUCGGCCGGGAGCUUCCGCGGGUGUCUGGUCCCGCCCGCAAGGGGCGGCGGCCCCGGCGAUGGCGGACGAGGCGCUGUUCCUGCUGCUGCACAGCGAGAUGGUGGCGGGGCUGUACCGCGCCGCAGAGCAGGGCGAAGGGGAGAACGGGCGCUGCACCACCAAGCUGGAGAGCAUGGGCUUCCGCGUCGGGCAGGGGCUCAUCGAGAGGUUUACAAAAGACACUGCCAGGUUCAAGGAUGAAUUAGAUAUUAUGAAGUUCAUUUGCAAAGAUUUUUGGACAACUGUAUUCAAAAAACAAAUAGAUAACCUAAGGACUAAUCACCAGGGUAUUUAUGUCCUUCAAGACAAUAAAUUUCGUCUCUUGACACAAAUGUCUGCAGGAAAGCAGUAUUUAGAACAUGCACCAAAGUAUUUAGCAUUCACCUGUGGACUAAUCAGAGGAGGGCUAUCAAAUCUGGGAAUAAAGAGUAUUGUAACAGCUGAAGUUUCAUCAAUGCCUGCAUGUAAAUUUCAGGUGAUGAUACAGAAGAUGUAGAGCACAUUCGAAUCUGGGUAUCUACUUCAAAAAGCCUUUGUGUGUGGAUUCAGUAUCUUGCCUCAGUCUUGUAUAUAACAUGUAAAUUAUAGCAGUGUGCAGCACAAUUCCAAAAUAUAUAAUAAAUGCUCAUCAAAAUAACUUAACACUA